UGUGAGGAAUAACCAGCCUGGGGACUCUAUCGUCAGCAUAGUAUCCAGUCUCUUUCCAUCCACUUAUCUCAUAGAGGAUACGAUGAUCGGUUGAUGUACUACUCUGCCUUGGAUCGUAUAUGACACCAGUCAUUAUAAGCCUCCCUUGACUUUCAGUGGCAUAUGUCAUCUUAAGUCAACACGCUCCGGUAGAUAAACCAUGUAUCAGCCAGAAAUGGAUAAAGGAUAUCCAGCAUCAGCACCAUCUUACCCACAGCCAGGUGUAGGAGCUGCUUAUCCACUCCCUCCACCCUAUGGAGUACCUCAACCAACAGUUGUUAUGACUCCUGUCACAUCGACAACAGUGAUCAUGACGACCUCAUUCCACGAGUCACCUUCUGCUUGCAUGUGUCCAGUCUGUCGCCAGAACGUAGUGUCAAGAGUGGAGUAUAACACAGGCCCCCUCACCUGGCUUAUCUUUUGCAUUCUGAUCUUUUUUGGCUGCUGGCUGGGAUGCUGCCUCAUUCCCUUUUGUGUGGACAGCUGUAAGGAUGUUGACCACUUUUGUCCAAACUGCAAUCAUCAUUUGGGAAAGUAUAAAAGGCUAUGAGGAAUGCCUGAAGAAGCCAGUUCAUAUUUUUGAAAAAUACUAUUGUCUGUGUCUUACUACUUAUUUUCAAAAAUACAAGGAUUUUAAGCAAUCAUAUUUAACCAUAAAAGUCUCUGCUUCUAUACUUUUUAGGUUUACUGGUCAUGUGUUUAAUGGAUUUUAUACUGUGAAUGUGAUUUUAAAGUGAUUCAAACUAGGGUGAAAAAUAUUUCUAAUUAACAUUUAGUUUUAUAAAGAAAACCUUAAAAUUACUUUGUGUGGAGCAUGUUUGCUUUAAAUAUUUGUUUGUAAAUUGUGAGAUUUAUUUAUUUAAAAAAAGAAAAAACACAAUCUAAGGGGACUAUUUCUACAAGUUUGAAACAAAGUGUGCAAAUUCUGGAUAAAAGUUGUGUAAAUUU